CGGCUGGAGUCUGAAGAGAGGUCGUCGUCUCGUUGGACAGCCGAACAACAGCCAGCAGUCCACAUCAAGGUUCCUGAGUCUGCACUCUGCAGCCAUGGGAACCAUCGUCCACGGCGGGCGGAGCGGCAUGAUGAAGCAGCUCAACGUGGGGGGCAAGCUCUUCUCGCUGGAGGCAAGCUCCCUUUCCCUCCCCAUGUCUAUCGGUUCCCCUUCCCCUACCCCAACAUUCGUGGACCGCGACCCAGCCCUCCUAUCCGCCGUCCUCGCUGCCAUCCGCUCCCCGUCCACCGCAGCGCCCGACUUCCCCGCGCGCGUCCUCCUCGACGAGGCCAACUUCUACGGCCUGCACGCCCAGCUCCUCGCUGCGCUAUCUCCGCCGCCGCUCCGCGGCUUCUCAGCCUCCCUCGCCUCCACCCUCUGCCCCUCCUCCGAGCCCUUCUCCACCGCCCUUGCGCCGCACCACGACGGGUCACUAUGCCUCGCCCAUGGCGCCGGGCUGGUCACCUAUUACUCCCCAGCGCUGGAUCACCGCGCCACCAUUCGGACCCACCUCCACCGCGUCACCUCCCUCCUGCAGCUGCCCUCCAGUCUCGCCGUCCUUGGGUCUGACUCCGCUCCUGGGCUUCACGUGUACGACUUUCUCGAUGGCAAACAUGUCGCCUCCGUUCAGUGGUCGGAUCCCACUGACACUCGCACCAGCAAGGCGAAGGUCGUCGCCAUUGCGGCCCGUCCUCCAGCUGAUGCCGCCGAUAAGAAUUCACCGAUCUUGGCAACGUUUGAGUGCCCUCAUCGGGAAAACUGCAUCAUGGCUGUUGACCCUGUAACUCUGAAGCCUACACAGGAGAUUGGCCGGCAAAGUGGUAGUGCGGCUAAGUCAUCGGCACCAGGUCGAGUGGUGCACCUGCAGGCACUUGGUCUGGUGUUUGCGUCAUUCGUUAGUUCCGGGGCAUUUGGCUACUCUGGCUAUAUGAGGCUAUGGGACAUUCGGUCUGGGAAUGUGGUGUGGGAGACAAGCGAGCCAGGGGGAGCUGGAAGAAGCAGUAGGUUUGGGGAUCCAUUUGCAGAUGCAGAUGUGGAUGUGAAGCAGCAGGCAAUAUACAAGGUUUGCUCAAAGUCAGGAGAUUUAGCAGUGGCAGACCUGAGAUGCCUUGGCGAUGACCCCUGGGUGUAUAUGUCAUCAGGACCACGAGGGAGCGCAGGAGGCUAUGGCAGUGUUCUGUGCUGUCACCGCUCUCAAGUUUUUGUCAGCCGAAAGGAUGGAUUGGAGGUUUGGUCCCGACUGGAAGAGCACCGCCACAACACAGGGGAAUUGACAGAGCAAUCAGGAGUAAAGGAAAGACCCAAAAAUGAAGGAAUUGAUGACAGAUUUUAUAGGAGUUGCUAUGUGGACACAGAAAAGGAUGCUAAGCGUGGGAUGAUACAGAUGAUUGAAGGGGGUGGAGACCGCUUGUUUGUGACAAGAGAAGAGAUGCAAGGUGUGCAAGUGUGGGAGACCUCCCACCUUGCUGGUUCUACUUCUCUCUCGUAGCUUUAUUCUCUUGUGCACAUGGAGUGACCAUUCAGUAGGUCUACCAAGAGAAUUGAAAUUGCAUGAUGCCAAUAUUGUUCUUGGUUCAUGGCUUCAUGCAUAAUUUGACAUUGAACAAAUAUGUGUUUUAUGUAGUCUUGGCUCUCAAGAU